GCCAGGGGAGUGAAGCAUCAAGACCCUACUACCAGAGCCAGAGGGAUCCAAGGUUAGCAUUAGAGAAUCAAGGUGGAAAGGAUCCCAGAGCACAGCCUCGUGAAGAAGACAUGGAUAUUGGUUAUGAAGAUAAGCCUGUGCAGCAGACUUUUGAAGGGCUUGAACAGAAAUUCCUUGAUGAUAUAAUGAAACUGACCAAGGAGCAAAAUGAUGCAGAGGAUGCAGAAAAUUCUAGGCAUAGGGAGCGGAUAAAUGCAAUCAACACACAAUAUCAAGAACAGCUAGUUGCCCUUCGCGCCAGGCAAGCUAGUCACAGAGAUGAAGUCCUUCGAAGGGAGUCUCAUGCCAGAAAACAACAGUAUGAGCAAGUUGCUUUGGACAACUACCGACACAGUAGCAUGGCCGCUAGCAAUGCUCGUGGAUAUGUGGCAAUGAACUCUCCAGCAGGAGAACGACAAGUUGCCUAUAACUCACCAGCAGAACGACAGGCAGCCUAUAACGCUGACAGUUAUGACUCUUAUAGGGAGAAUGCGCGCUUUCUUGGCAACAGUGGAAGGGAUCACGGAUAUGAACCAAGAGUCCAAUACCCAGGUGGUCGUGUCUAUGAUACUGGUUCACGCUACUAUUGAAUGACUGCUUAGAAUAGUAUUGAAUCUUUCGUUUAGUUUGUUUGGACUAGGUGUUGCAGUGACAUAUCAUACUAUUUAUCUUUAUAUCUUUUACCAGAUGGGAUAAGAUUGAUACAUGCUUGUAAUUCGCGCUGUGAUAAGAAAAUUUUAUUCUAA